AUGACCACCACCACCACCCCAACAACCCCCAACCUCCACAUCGCCAUCCUCGGCGCCGGCAUCGGCGGCCUCGCCCUCGCCAUCAGCCUGUCCAAACACUCCAGCCUCUCCAUCACCCUCUACGAGUCCUCUCCCGCCUUCUCCGCGCUCGGCGCGGGCAUCGGGUUUGGCCCCAACACGCUUUCUGCCAUCGCGCUCAUCGACGCGCGCUUCCGGGAGCAGUACGAGCGCGCCGCGACGGCCAACGCGCGGGCGGAGUUCGCGCACAGCAUCUACGAUGCGUUGUACGCGGAGCCAGGGUUUGGGGAGAAGCGAGGGUGGACGCGCGGGCUGGUCGGGGCGCCGUAUUUCGUGCGGAGUAGCGCGCAUCGGAAGGAUUUGUUGGAGAUUAUGGCGGGGUUGGUGCCGGGGGAGGUGGUGAGGUUUGGGAAGAGGGCGGUUGAGGUGACGGAGGAGGAGGUUGGGGGGAGGAAGAAGGUUGCUGUGAGGUUUGAGGACGGGGAGGUGGGGGUGUUUGAUGCGGUUGUGGGGUGUGACGGGGUGAAGGGGAUGACGAGGCAGGCGGUGCUGGGGGACGUUGCGCCGGAGGAGGUGCCGCCGACGUACUGCGGGAUGUACGUCUACCGCGGCGUCAUUCCGAUGGAUGAGGCGAAGGAGAUUCUGGGAGAGCAUGCGGGGGAUGCGAAGUGGUUCAUGGCGGAAGGAAAGGGCGUCGUCAUCUACCCCAUCUCGAAAGGCAAGGAAGAGAACUUCGUCUUCUUCGUCAAAGACGACGAUCCGUGGGCGCGAGGGGACUCGGCGGUGCCUUGCACCACGGAAGAGAUGAGGGCCGACUUGCCCGAGUUCGACCACCGGCUUCUGAAGAUUCUGGACUGGGCCAUGCCGCUGCGGUGGCCGACGUGGCACCAUCCCGAAACCUCGACCUACUACAAAGGACGGCUCUGUUUGCUCGGGGACGUUGCUCACGCAAUGAGCCCGCAUCAAGCUGCCGGCGCUGGCCAGGCGUUGGAGGAUGCUGUUGUUCUCGCCCACCUGCUGGCUUUGGUCAAGACCCCGGAGGAACUGGGGCCUGCUUUUCAGGUGUACGACGCGAUUCGUCGACCACGAGCGCAGAAGGUUGUGACGACGAGCCUUGCGGCCGGGAUUAUCAAACUCUGGCUUGACCCUGAGCUGGGCAGUGAUAUGGAGAAGAUUGUGGAAAACGGCAAUGAGAGUUUGCACUGGAUAUGGCAACACGAUAUCUUGGCAGACCUCAGGGAAGCAGAGGACCAGUUCUAUAGACUAGUAGAACAUGGUAGGACGGGACCCAUCGAAGUCACCAUGUCAAAGGUGUGA